AUGCAGGCAAGUGCAGAUGUUAAUCAACGGAUUGCCAGAAUAGCCGCUCAUCUUAAUCCGCCCACUAAUAAUCUACAGAUGGAAGGGAGUUCGAAUUUGAGAUGGGAGAACUGCAGGGCAAAAGGGGGAUCACCAGGAUUCAAGGUGGCAAUAUUGGGUGCAGCAGGUGGCAUAGGCCAGCCUUUAGCAAUGCUUAUGAAGAUGAAUCCACUGGUUUCGCUACUUCAUCUUUAUGAUGUUGUAAACACUCCAGGAGUGACUGCAGAUAUCAGCCACAUGGACACUGGUGCUGUGGUUCGCGGUUUUCUGGGGCAACAACAAUUGGAGGAUGCUCUUACGGGCAUGGACCUCGUAAUCAUUCCUGCUGGUGUGCCCAGGAAACCUGGGAUGACAAGAGAUGAUCUUUUCAACAUCAAUGCAGGAAUAGUUAGGACCCUAUGUGAAGGAAUUUCAAAAUGCUGUCCAAAGGCCACUGUUAACCUUAUUAGUAAUCCUGUGAACUCGACAGUGCCAAUUGCGGCAGAGGUUUUCAAAAAAGCUGGCACCUAUGAUCCAAGACGACUUUUGGGAGUCACGAUGCUUGAUGUUGUCAGAGCUAAUACCUUUGUGGCUGAAGUUUUGGGGCUUGAUCCUAGGGACGUUGAUGUUCCAGUUGUAGGAGGCCAUGCUGGUGUUACUAUUUUACCUCUGCUUUCCCAGGUUAAACCUCCAUGUUCUUUCACUCAAGAAGAAACCGAGUACCUGACAUCUCGUAUUCAGAAUGGUGGAACUGAAGUUGUUGAGGCAAAAGCUGGUGCGGGAUCUGCAACUCUUUCAAUGGCAUAUGCUGCUGUCAAAUUUGCGGAUGCAUGCUUACAUGCUUUGAGGGGAGAUGCUGGUGUCAUUGAAUGUGCUUUUGUUUCUUCUCAGGUGACUGAACUUCCGUUCUUUGCUUCAAGAGUACGUCUUGGUCGAAAUGGUGUUGAAGAGAUAUACCCACUUGGUCCUCUAAAUGAAUAUGAGAGAGUUGGCUUGGAAAAGGCAAAGAAAGAGUUGGCUGGAAGCAUUGAGAAGGGGAUUUCUUUUGUAGGAAAAUAA